AUGCGUAGGGUCGCGUCAACUCGUUCUCUCGCUCGGGCUUCCUGCCUCCGGCGCAGUCAUUCCCUCCUUCCCAAAACGUGUUAUCUCUCCACAACAGGUUGUGUCCUCGCCAGAUCGGCCCUUGUGGGGGUAAAACAACAGCGUUACUCUGAGGAGCUUCAUUCCAACCACGGUAUCAGCGUUGGCGACCAGCUGGCUGGCCCACACCAACGCGACCCGCAUGAGUACUUGAAGCAGCUGUCGACGAAAUGGAGCUGGCCGCCGCCAAGCGCUAAGCUCAAGGCACCCCCGACGGCAACGCACUUCCUGUACCGGGCACAGGACCGCAUGGACUCCGUCGAAGCGCUCUGGAGGGGCGUGGUCCAGCCAAGCUGGCAGGCCUAUCGUAGCGGCUACUUCGACGACAAGAAGGCCUGGUCGACGGGCUUCAUCCACGGCGCGAGCGGUGUGGGCAAGACCCGCUUCAACCUCGAGUUUCUGGCUCUUCUGGCCGACUACUUGACGUCUGACGCCUCGAAAGCCUACCGGUCCCCUGACGACGAGGUGGAAUCCCUGCACGCUGCGCUCAAGAAUAGCAAGACCGUGGUGCUGGACAUUCGACACAACGGCCUGGCGCUCAAGGUAGAUGAGACCGAGUGGCCACCGGAGGUCAUCCUCGGCCUGCGACUGGCACACAACUACUGGUGGCCGCACGUCCCCUACUCCGAGGUGUAUGACGCCUUCCGGUGGCAGGUGAGAGAGGAUCCCACGCUCUGGGGCACCUUCUCCCUGGGGAGAGUGCUCUUCGCCAUACGGCAGCACAAGGCGGCGCCUACGAGGGAUGAUCCAUCGCCACGCAUUCCAAGUAUGCUGCACAUCGCCAUCGACGAGAUCCAGUCGGUGUUCGACACCAUGGCACCCUAUGGUGGAGGGUCUAGCGUGCGGUCGGCCCCGGAGCCUCUGUCGACCGCGCUCAACCGCGCGCUGCAGGGCGCCAUCAGCCAGAGCCAAGGACUCUACGUUCUGGGCACACUCUCCGGCACUGCCGCGCGCCACGCGACCGAGGUGUUGCACGCGACGGAUGCCACGUCGACCGGCGUGCUCUUGUCGCCCCUCUCAGCCAAGACCGUCCGCCAGAUCGUGGCCUCAUUCCAGUUCCGGUUCGAGCCCCAACCAGGCCAGCCGGAAAUGGUGAGCGGGCAGGAGUGGCUCGAGAAGGGCGGAAAGCCGUUCGAACGCCUUCUCACCACCAUCGGCGGCAACGCGCGCGCGCUCGAGUGUCUCGAACGCGUUCUGAAGACCCAGGGCUCGCCUUCCAAGCCCCUCCGCCUGAACCAGAUCACGACCGAGCUCACCAAGGAAGUCAGGAACACGUUCAACAUCGAGAGCUGGGGCAGAAAGGGCUCUGGACAGUUUGGCCUCCUGCUGGCGCUCGCUGGCAUUCCCGUCACUCGCGAAUCGGUGGUCGCCUUCGAGGAGCCUUCCACUCCGCAACAACCACCACGACCCAUCACCGUGGCCGAGCUCGAGAAGAUCGGUGUCGUGCAUUUGCGCCCCCCGCCGCCAUCCGAUCCCGGCCAGCCAGACAGCUGGGUCAACACCUGGGACGCGGCGCUCGACCUCGCUGUCAAAUCCAAGCGCCACCAGCGCCACCAGCUCCACCAGCUGCUCAAAGAGGCCUCCCGCCUACUCGCCGACUUCUACCCCACCGCCGCGAGCUUCGAGAAGCUAGCCCUCGAGCACCGAGUGCUGCGGCACAAUGUCGCCAGCGAGUGGGCCCGCCGGCAGGGGCUCACCUACGUCGACGCCGCCGACCUCUUCUGCGGCACCAUCUGUCAUCCGUCCCUCACCGAGCUGAGCUUCGUACCGGCGGCCACUGUGCGCCACGUCUCAGAGCCUGCCGGAGCCGGAGUGUGGUGGAGGGCAGCCAAGGGUGGGGGGCCACAAGCUUCGAAGGAGGUGCCGCCCACCUCCGUCAUCCUCGAAGACGGCACCACAGUCGAGCUGGGGAGCACUUCUCCAUACGCCUUGCUCCUCUCGGGGUCCAAUGCCGUAGACGACGACGCGCUCAGCUACAGUGACGACAUCAAGGCGCUGAUCAGCAAGAGGCGCUACCUGGCGGAGCAGUUCCCCGAGGAGGAGCACAUCAUGGUGAUCACGAGCAACAAACGCGCGCAGCAGCCGGGCGGCAAACCCCACACGGCGGCCACACUCCUCCGCGUGCCCACGGCCGGUAGGAACGAAACUACCUCUGUCGAUCCUCGGACGUGCAUCAUCACUGUGACCGAUGACAGCUUGGCCUGGGCGAUGUCACCCACCUUGGCUCACUUCCUUGUCCUGGAGUGA